GGGUAAGUUAGUCAUGCUCUGCCAACUGGGAAUCCCUUUUCUGACUUGUUCAAACUCUGUGUAGGCUCGGGGAAGACUCUGAUUGCCGCCAUGUUGUUACGCUGGGUCAUUAAUGGUGAGCUCGAGGACCGAGAAAAGGGACUGCCGAGACGUAUUGCUUUCUUUCUGGUCGACAAGGUAGCCCUGGUGUUUCAACAACACAGCUUUCUUACCAAGAACCUCGACUUCCCAAUGGAGAAACUCUGCGGUGAGAUGGUGGAGGGUGUCGAGUCAAAAGCCUUCUGGAAGGAAGCAUUGGAGCAAAACGAAGUGGUCGUCUGUACAGCUGAGAUUCUCAACACAGCGCUCCAUCAUUCCUGGAUUAGAAUGGACCAGAUCAGCCUCUUGAUCUUCGACGAAGCCCAUCACACCAAAAAGGAUCAUCCCUAUGCUCGCAUCAUCAAGAACUUUUACAUCGAUGAGAAGCUCGAGAGAAAACCCAGGAUCCUUGGCUUGACGGCCUCUCCGGUCGAUGCCAAAACCGACCCAAGACGGGCUGCGCAACAAUUGGAGGUCUUACUUCACAGUCAAAUAGCCACAGCCGCCGACCCGGCCGCCCUUCAGCAUACUAUUUGCAAACCCAAGACCGAGUUGAUCGUUGAAUACGCCCGUGGUCGACCGAACUCGGAGACAGUCCUCAACAAGCAACUACGCAAACUUGUUGGGGGACAAGAGCUGUUCAAGAAGCCGCUCAACUUUACUACCUCGGAGGCAUCCAAGUUGGGAGCAUGGUGUGCUGACCGAUAUUGGCAACUUUUCUUCAAACAAGAGGAUAUAGUCAAGUUGGAAUCACGCACUGAGAGAGAUCUCAUGAAAGUCUCGGCCCUCGACGAAAUCACCGAAAGGCACGUCAAGCACGUCCGUGAAGCACAUGAGUUGGUCAACGCGCAUACAUUUUCACCCGCUGCUCUCGAUCCGACGAUGUUAUCGUCCAAGGUUAUCAUGCUUGUUAGAAUCUUGCGUGACCAGUUCGAGAGGGGUGUGGGCACCCAAAGAUGCAUCGUCUUUGUCCGACAACGGAACACGGCCAUGCUAUUGGCGGAUUUGCUUCAGCAGCCCGAGAUAAAGUCUCACAUACCCAGCAUUGCAGCAGAAGUCCUGGUUGGGGGUGGGACAACUGGCUCAAGCUAUGUCAACGCCAAGGUCAACUUCCAGCAACAGAACAGAAUAAUUCGAAAGUUCAAGCUUGGUGAGAUAAACUGCCUAUUUGCAACUUCCGUUGCCGAGGAAGGUCUCGAUAUUCCGGAUUGCAAUAUCGUCAUCAGAUUCGACCUUUAUGAUACUCUGAUCCAGUGUAUCCAGUCGCGUGGUCGAGCUCGCCGUCCAGAUUCUCGCUACAUCCAGAUGAUCGAGAAAGGGAAUUACGAGCACCACAGCAAGAUAUUGCAAGCUAAAGGGGCUGAAGAUGUCUUGCGCAAGUUCUGCGAGGCUCUACCCGAAGACAGGAAGCUAACUGGCAACCACAUGAACCUGGACUAUCUCCUCCGGAAGGAAAAGGGCAAGAGGCAGUACACUGUCCCAGAUACUGGUGCGAAACUCAGCUAUAUGCAAAGCCUCGUCUGUCUCGCCAAUUUCACCGCCACCCUACCACACCCACCGGAGACGAGCUUGAAUCCGGAAUACUACAUCACCACUGUUCCUGGCGGCUUUCAGUGCGAAGUUGUAAUGCCCGACGCAUCACCUAUCAAGAAUGCGGUUGGCAAAAUACAUACAAGCAAGGGGGCGGCCAAAUGUGCAGCUGCAUUCGAGCUCUGUCUUGCUUUAAUCAAGGCUAGACAUUUGGAUAACCACCUCCAGUCUGUGUUUACCAAGCAGCUUCCAGAAAUGCGAAAUGCUCGCCUUGCUGUCAGCUCAAAGAAGAAGAGGGAGUACGCCAUGCGUCUGAAGCCCGAAUUAUGGUCGAUCCGGGGCGAGGUCACCCAGCUUUAUGCCACUGCGUUUGUUCUGGAAAACCCAGAUGCCCUUGGGCGUAGCUCUCGUCCGCUUCUCCUGCUGAGUAGAAGCGCUCUCCCAGAAGUGGCGUCUUUUCCGCUCUUUUUCGGCACCAAGCGCUUUUCCAAAGUCCGCUGCGUGCCUAUCCCAGGUUCUGUCCAGGCUGAAGAUACGUUGGUGGAGGAACUUACUCGUUUCACUCUGAAAGCUUUUAUGGAUGUUUUCAGCAAGGAAUACGAGGCUACAGCAGUCGACCUUCCGUACUUUCUCUCGCCGAUGGACGGAGGUCACGGGUUUGACUUCCGCUUGGCCAAGAGCCCAGCCGAUCUCAUUGACCGAAAGACGCUAGCAUACGUCAGUGAGAACGAGAAGGUGCCAUACACUUUUCUUGAGCCAGAUGACUUUUUCCAAGACAAGUUUAUCGUUGACCCAUACGACGGAGCACGGAAGUUCUUUACUCGUCACCGUCGCCAUGACAUGAAACCCACGGAUCCCGUGCCAGAUGGCAUUGUUGCACCGAGUCACAGAGCUUGGAAAGGCUUAGGCACCACACAUGACAUUCUGAACUACAGCAAUAGCCUGUGGUCAAAGUCGCGUGGUUUUAUGGUAUUCCAAGCGGAUCAGCCUGUCGUGGAGGCUGGGCUUAUUUCCACCCGUCGAGACUUUCUGGACGAUGCCAUCCGAGAUGAGGAUUUGGAACCGCAGCAGUGCUUCCUAGUUCUUGAACCCAUGAGGAUCUCACCUUUGCCGGCAGAUGUAACGGCAAUGCUUUUCUGCUUCCCAUCAAUCAUACACCGGGUAGAGUCCAAUCUAGUUGCGUUGGACGCCUGCAAGCUUCUGGGUCUAGACCUGCGUCCGGACCUGGCUCUUGAAGCCUUCACCAAGGACAGCGAUAACUCGGAUGAGCAUGAUGCCGAGAAGGAAAACUUCCAGACCGGAAUGGGUGACAACUACGAGAGACUCGAGUUCCUCGGUGACUCCUUUUUGAAGAUGGCAACAACUAUGGCCAUCUAUACAUUGAUCCCCGACAAGGGCGAAUUCGAGUAUCACGUCGAGCGUAUGCUUCUUAUCUGCAACAAGAACUUAUUCAAUAACGCCCUAGAGGUAGGACUCGAGGAGUAUAUCCGCUCCAUGUCCUUUAACCGGAGACAGUGGUAUCCCGAGGGCCUAGUUCUGAAGAAGGGCAAGAGCAAGGCCGCGCGUAAGCGGCAUGUCCUGGCCGACAAGUCCAUUGCCGAUGUUUGCGAGGCCCUCAUCGGCGCCGCCUACCUUACCGGCCAAGAGAAGGGAAGCUUCGACAUGGCGAUCAAGGCCGUAACCGCCAUGGUCAAAGACAAGAGGCACCGCAUGACCAGCUACGGCGACUACUACGCCGUAUAUCAAAAGCCCAACUGGCAGACGGAACCAGCCAACAGUACUCAGCGCGACAUGGCCAAAAAGUUCUCAGAGCGCAUGGGCUACAAAUUCAAGCACCCGCGUCUACUGCGCGCAGCCUUCCAGCACCCAACCUACCCCUCCCUCUACGAACGCCUCCCCUCCUAUCAGCGCCUCGAAUUUCUCGGCGACGCGCUCUUCGACAUGGUCGCCGUCGACUACCUCUUCCGCAAGUUUCCCGCCGCCGACCCGCAAUGGCUGACGGAGCACAAGAUGGCCAUGGUGUCCAACCAGUUCCUGUGCUGCCUCUCCUACCACUUAGGGUUCAACAAGUGCAUCGCCACCAUGUCGCCCUCCAUCCCCAAGGACAUCGCCGAGUACGUGACCGAGAUAGAAGAAGCACUCGAGGCAGCCAAGCAGGAGGCUAUCAACGCAGGAAAAACCGCAGACGAGUAUAGCCGCGAUUACUGGGUGCACAUCACGCACGCUUCGCGCUUGCCCAAGUGUUUAUCAGAUGUGGUGGAGGCUUACAUCGGCGCCAUCUUUGUCGACAGCGAGUACGAUUACUCGGUAGUUCAGCAAUUCUUCAACAAGCACGUUUUGCCCUUCUUCGAGGAUAUGCAUCUCUACGACUCCUUCGCCAACAAACAUCCCGUUACCUUUGUGGCGAACAUGAUGGCGCACAAGUUCCGUUGUAACGAGUGGAGGAGUCUGGCCAAGGAGCUGGAUACGGAUCUUUCGGAAGGAAGAGGAGGAAGAGGUGGUGCAGUGGCUGGUGAGGUUAGUGAGAUUAACCCGCCCAAGGUGGUGUCGGCGCUACUUGUUCACGGCAAGACGGUGGCGCAUGCGGUGGCGGCCAGUGGACGGUAUGCGAAGUCGGCCAUGGCGAAGAAGGCUAUCAAGCUUUUGGAGGGCAUGAGCGUGGAGGAGUUCAGGGAGAGAUUGGGGUGUGAUUGUAAAGGGGUGCCGAUGGAGGUUGAUGGUGGAGUGCCGGCGGAUGUGGCGGAUGGGGAGGUGCAUGGGACGGCGUUUUAAUGGUUCAUUAUUUCGGCACGGAAAGGUGCUUAGCGACGACGGUACAUGCUCUUAUGGGUAUGUUAGACUCAGCGACAUUGAUAGGAAACUGGUUGAUGGAUAUUUAGUGAGGUGCUUGGCCUUACAUUUUAUGGCUCCUCUACAGAUUAUUCUUCCAGAUGAGCAUGACAUCUUCGAUGGCGGAUUACCCAAAUUCAUAGACGAUCGUUAGAGAGCAGGGAUAGACAAAUCAAGGAUUAGAUCGAUAACUUGCUGCUUAUUAGGGCCUUAUUUACGGGACUUGCCAACUCGGG